AUGUUCUCCGGCCUUUUUCAAGUUACUCGCUGUAGUUCCCCACCACCCCGACCCGCUCCCGCCGGAGGAGUGCGAUGCGUUUUCAACGUGAGGACUUUCAUAGAAGGCUGGCUUCGCGACAAUCCCGACAAAACAUGGCUCGACAUGGGAUCCGUUGCACCAUCUUUGCCGACCAAACAGCGCGUGAUGUUUACCUACCGCUGUCAGGACCGUGGGGACUGGUUCGAAAUUUUGAGCAUGUUUGAUGACCAUAAAUAUCGACGCGGAUGGUUGGACCCGUAUACCGGGAGACAACUUCUCGAGAAUGAAACGUGGAUCGACAAAGACAAGAAGAUAUUACCGAGGCGCGUCUGGUGCUUGGGGUGUAAGAAAUGUGUGGUGUUUGUCGAGGGGGACUAUGAUGUUAGAGAGUGGCAAGAUCACCGGGAUUUUUGCGAGGGGAUUACCGGUAUGAUGAAGAUUGAAAUUGUGAGGUCACUCAUCAGGCAGAAUCAGAAUCCGGAGGUCCUUUGGCCACCCAAUAGUCUGGACCCGAUUGUGCUGGUUGGGUUUAGAAUGUGA